UGUGUGUUGCUUCCAGGUUGCUUCGAGUGCUGCAUCAAAUGUUUAGGCGGCGUGCCAUACGCAUCACUGGUGGCGACCAUCUUGUGCUUUUCCGGUGUGGCCCUCUUCUGCGGUUGCGGUCACGUGGCGCUCACCGGCACCGUCGGCAUCCUGGAAACCCACUUCUCCAAGGUUGCCAGUGAUCACGCCAUGCUCACUGAUGUAGUCCAGUUGAUGCAGUACGUCAUCUACGGCAUCGCCUCUUUCUUCUUCCUGUAUGGAAUCAUCCUGCUGGCGGAGGGUUUCUAUACCACUAGCGCCGUCAAGGAGCUGCACAGCGAGUUCAAGACCACUAUCUGCGGACGAUGCAUCAGUGGAAUGUUUGUGUUCCUGACCUACAUCCUGGGAGUGGCCUGGCUGGGCGUCUUUGGCUUCUCAGCGGUGCCCGUCUUUCUCUUCUACAACAUGUGGUCCACCUGUGCCACCUUGAAGUCGGCCGUGUCCAAUCUCACAGACAUCGACUCCAUCUGUGUGGACGUCCGCCAAUACGGAAUCAUCCCGUGGAGUGCAACACCAGGAAAGGCGUGUGGAUCCACGCUAGGUGACAUCUGCAACACCAGCGAGUUCUACCUGUCAUAUCAUUUGUACAUUGUGGCCUGUGCCGGAGCCGGAGCCACUGUGAUCGCUCUGAUCCACUUCCUCAUGAUUCUGUCGGCAAACUGGGCCUACCUUAAGGACGCCAGUCAAAUGCAUGCCUACCAAGACAUCAAAAUGAAAGAGGAGCAGGAACUGCAGGACAUCACUUCACGCUCCAAGGAAUGCCUGCAUUCCUACACAUGA